AUGACAGAACCUCAUUCAGUGGAAGGUCUUGAAAUGGCAGAGCACAAGGCUUCAGAAUCCCAAUCUAGACCUCAAGAAGCUUCAACUUCAGUCAAAAUUGAAGGACCAAUGAGUUUGGACUCGGCACAAGCACCAACCGGCUUCUCAUCGUUCUUGAUCUUCAUCAGCAAGCUCUUGACCUGGGUCUUGUUUCCUUUUACUGUUUUCUUCAGCGUCAAGGUGAGUACUAACUGGUCUACUUAUAACCUAAUGUAGAGCUUUGAUCUACUAGCAGUUUUUUGUUUUUUAUAUUAUCUAUUUUUUAUUUUAGCAUAUUAAUCACCAAAAAUUCAUUUAAAACGUCUAAUGUUUGCACUUUUAAUGGUUUCCUCAAUUUUUAAAUUUAAUAUUUUAGAUUGUUCAACAGUACGAACGUGCUGUGAUUUUCCGUCUAGGACGACUGUUGGAAGGCGGAGAGAAAGGUCCUGGACUGUUCUUUAUUUACCCAUGCAUUGACACCUAUGUUAAGGUUGAUCUUCGUGUUGUUUCAUUCUCCGUUCCUCCACAAGAAGUAAGUGAUUGAGCUUUGAAGAACGGUUAAAAGCCCUAGUAUUGACCAAGCUUAACAUUCAAUUAUAGUUUCAUCGUAGUACGCAUUUUUAAAACUAUUAACUAAGCUGUGCUUAUCUCGCUACUAUAACUUCAGAUUCUGUCCAAAGACUCGGUUACCGUCAACGUAGACGCCGUAGUCUAUUUCCGUAUCUGCAACACCAUCGCCUCCAUUGUUAACAUUGAGAACGCGAAUGGAUCUACUCGUCUACUAGCUCAAACAACACUCCGAAAUGUCCUGGGUACCAAAACAUUGGCCGAAAUGCUGAGCCAUCGUGAACAAAUCUCGGCCGAGAUGCAAAGAACCCUUGAUGAGGCUACAGAACACUGGGGCGUGAAGGUCGAGAGAGUUGAGGUUAAAGACAUCAGACUGCCACAUUCCAUGCAAAGAGCCAUGGCUGCUGAAGCCGAAGCCAACCGUGAAGCAAAGGCUAAAGUUAUCGCCGCUGAUGGUGAACGAUUGGCUUCUGAAUCGUUGAGAACUGCGGCUACUGUGUUGUCCGAGACUCCAGCUGCUUUGCAAUUGAGAUAUCUGCAAACUUUGAACACUAUUAGGUAAGGAAAGAAACAGGAUUUUUUAAAUGUUUAUAUUGUUGUAGGUAUUGAUAUAACUUAAAAAUUGCUUUUUUGGGCUCUCAAAUGUUUAAAAAUUUCUAUAUUUUACAUCAAAAAUGUAAUAUAAGUCAAUACGUACCUUAUCUGACCUUAUAUAAUUAAUGUUGUUUCUAAAAAAUCUCUACUUUCAGUGCCGAACACAACUCGACCAUCAUCUUCCCUCUCCCAAUGGAACUUCUGGGUGGUUUCAUGAGCCGUAGUCAACCUCAACCUCUAGUACAAUCCCCUGGCUUCAUUCAGAAUCCUCCUGGAUACGAAGCCUUGCCUCAACAAAGUGAGCCUUCUGUAGAAUACCGGUCGAUUCAUUCGCGACACAGUCGAAGCGGUGAAGCCACACAACCGACCGAUCUAUUCUCUGCCAACGCUUAAACACUACAACAGUACUAUACAUUACACUAUAAGAGUACUAUACACUUCAUUACGAUGUACAGGAUAUUAUGCUGUAGCCUAAUAUGUAGUAUCAAACUAUUUUUUAUAUUGUAGUUGACCUACAUGCCUUAUAAUUAUCCGUUUAUGCAAAUUUAGCAUAACACAUUGGAUUCCAGGUACAUUAACAUAUGUAAAUGGUCGUUGUGCUUGUGAUAAUGUAUAGUGUUGUGUAGUAAUGUAGAUGAACGACGGUGCACCGGCGGUGUAGUUGUUGAGCGUUUGGUAUUGGAUAGUUCGUUGUUUGGUGGUUUGGCUUCACGUUUCAAAUUAUUUUGUGUUUCUUUUAUACUUUUUGUUAUCAUAAGGAUUAAUAAUUUUAUUUUCAGUGUAA